UAGUCGGUGUUUUUGUUUUCACUUUGGGACCCAUGUUUUCGCGAAAAUAUCCGCUUCAAAGGGAGAUUACUAUUGUCAAAAUGGGCGACAAAGUGGAUGUGACAGUUGUUGGAUCAUGUAAUACCGAUCUUAUUAGCUAUGUUCCAAGGUUUCCAGUGCCAGGUGAAACACUACAAGGAACUAAGUUUUCCAUGGGUUUUGGUGGUAAGGGAGCUAACCAGUGUGUGAUGACGGCCAAACUUGGUGCUAAAUCUGCAAUGAUAUCAAAGGUUGGUAAAGACACUUUUGGAGAUGGUCAUAUUAAAAAUUUCAAAGAUGUUGGCAUUUGUACAGAUUAUGUUUACACAACAACUGAGGCAUCAACAGGGGCGGCACCAAUAUGCGUCAAUGAAAGUGGUCAGAACUCUAUUGUGAUUAUACCUGGAGCUAACUUGUUGCUUGAUGAACAUGACCUUGUCAGUGCUGGAAAGGUCGUUACAGGGUCAAAGGUCAUGUUGUGUCAACUGGAAAUCAAUCCAAAAAUAACUUUAGAAGCAUUAAAAAUGGGAAGAAAACAUGGUGUUCAGACAAUACUGAAUCCUGCACCAGCUAUUCCUUUAGACAAAGAGUUCUACAGUUACACAGACGUUUUAUGUCCUAAUGAAUCUGAGGCAGAAUUAUUACUAGGAAUUCCAGUAAAAACAGUUGAUGAUGCCAAAUUAGCAGCCAGGAAGUUACAUGAUGUUGGAUGUAGAGACGUUAUUGUUACCCUCGGUGAAAUGGGUUGUGUUGUGAUGGAGGGCAAUACCAGCAAUGUUGUUCAUUUACCUGCACCGAAAGUAGAGGCUCUAGACACUACAGGAGCAGGUGAUUCAUUUAUAGGAAGUCUAGCAUAUUUCUUAGCUACCCGACCAGAGCUUGGCCUUGUGGAAUCUGCAAGACGGGCUAUACAGAUAGCAUCAGUAAGUGUUCAGCAUGCCGGGACUCAGACCAGUUAUCCUACAAAAAGCCAGUUACCAGCCGAAUUGUUUUCAUAAAAGAAGAACCAGUAUUUUUUAAUUAGUUGAGAAAUUUUGCAUGUUUUAAAGGGAUAGAGACUGUAACACUGUGAAUAAAUGAUAAUGUAAUAUGGUUGUAGUAAAAAGUUAAAGACUAGUCAGUGAAUACCUCAAUAUUCAAACUUCAUAGGAGGAUUGCUAUUUGAAGGAAUUAAUAAUUUAUAUAAUUCUCAUGUCUUACAAAUGAUUCAUCCUUAGUAAAAAUAAACAAAAAACAAAAAAAA